AUGUUUCUCGCGACAGGUAGAACUUUGCCUACACCGGUUUCCUGUAAAGUAUGCGGCGACCGAUCGUACGGGAAACAUUAUGGUGUUUAUUGCUGCGACGGCUGCUCGUGCUUCUUCAAGCGAUCUGUGCGCCGAGGUGCCCUCUUCACCUGUAUAGCUACGGGCUCUUGUACCGUUGCGAAAGCUACACGAAAUUUCUGUCCGCAUUGUCGUCUAAAGAAAUGUUUCUCCGUCGGCAUGAACACGGCAGCGGUACAGGAAGAAAGAGGGCCGCGAAUUCGAAGUAACGCGCUAUCGAGCCCGCACAAUUCUAACACCGUCUGGAAGCCUAAAGUUGACCCAGUGGGAACUCUCUAUGCUCGAUUCAACAGCUCCGAGGUGUAUUUGCCUUUCAAGAACUCCACGUUGAACAAUACUUUACUGAUGAAGACGAUACAAGCGUCCGACACCAGGGAGGAGAUCAUCUUUCCCGUCUUGUCGCGCCAGAUACAACCGAGGAUUAUAUCGCCUGGAACGACCAUACAGUAUGAGAUCUCCGCGCAGAUAUUCCUGGCUGCCGUUCAGAGUGCCCGUCGACAUCGAGACUUCUCGGUGCUGGACGUGGAAGAGCAAAAUAAGAUUCUCCGUCGUGGCUGGUCCGCCCUUUUCAUUUUGCGUGCGGCCACGUGGCCGGUCGACAUAAUGAAUAUACGUGGGCAAAACGCGACUACUAACGACGGUGCAUCGGCUUAUCUAAUCGCGGCGCGCAUUGCAAUUGCGAAACUGCAGCUCGACGACGUCGAACUGUGCAUUUUGGACACGUUCGUGCUGUGUCGACCCGAAAUCACUAAUACCGCGGACAGCUUUCGUAUAAUGUCGCGGGCGAGAGACAACGCCAUGGAGGCUCUGAUUCGGCAUCAUCAGCAUCGAGACGAUCGUGACGCCAAAUUGAUCAGGAUCCUAUUUGUCUUACCUAUACUUACCGGAUGCUGUCCUCGAGAAUUGGCUGGAGAACUAUUCGCACCAAUUAUCGACGAUGCGGACAUGGAGAGAGUCAUCGCGUCUGUACGAUGA